GUCAAUUUAUUUUCCAUGGAAACCCACUUCAGUUUAUGCCUCUAUAAAAUUUCUUAUCGCGUCCAUUGCAAUGAUUGAUUUCACAUUUAACAUGAUUUUGUUCAAACUCUUUCUAUUUUUGUCUUUAAAAGGUUUUUCAAACGUAAAUUUUGGUGUUUUGGCUGAUCCAAAUGGUACCAUUCGUGUACAACUAUGGAGAGCUCAAGGGGAUUUGAAUCAAGAGGUUAUCUCUGAAUUUGAAGACCGAGCACACAUCACCGAUGAGAUAUGGAUGCGAGAUAAUAGAACGAUCGACUUCAUGAUAUUUGAUGCAGAAGCUGAGCGUAUGGCUUCUCUUUUGGACAAAAACAAUGUCUCUCGUAAAAUUUUAAUAGAAGACGUACGUGAGAAAGUUGAUGAUGCUCUAGUGCAUACGUUUCCUACCAGACGCAAUGGUAAUAUGGUUAGAACGUCUAGAGGAAGUAUGGACUGGACAAAAUAUCCGACUUUGGAUCAUAUUUAUGCAUAUUUGGAGACAAUUAAUAAAAAAUAUUCACACUGCAAUUUGAUCACUCUUGGGAAGACUUUGAACAAUAAACCUAUUUAUGUAUUAAAAAUAUCAACAAUGAACCCUACAAAUAAGGCUAUUUUAAUAGACAGUGGGAUACACGGCUGUGAGUGGACAUCAGUAGUAUCAACGUUGUACUUCAUUGAUUCUAUUGUCCAUAGCUUUUACAAGCAACCAUCGUAUAUUAAGGAUCGAGAUUGGCAUAUCAUACCAGUUCUAAAUCCAGAUGGUUACGAGUACAGUCUACAUAACGAUCGAUUAUGGAAGAAAAACAGGCGGAAAGUCAGCGAAUUCUGUUAUGGAGUAGAUCUCAAUAGAAAUUUCGAAUACAAUUGGGCUAAGCAGGAUUCCACAAGAUCUAUAUGCAGUGAGACGUUUUGUGGACGUGCACCAUUCUCUGAAGCAGAAACCCAAGCCUUUAAGAGAUUAACAGACGGACCACGUUUCCAUGGUUACCUAUCUAUUCACUCCGCUGGCACGAAGGUUCUGUUUCCAAUGGGAGUAACUCGCAGUGACCAUGCCGACCAAAUUGUUAUGACCAAGGCGAUGGCAGAGGCAAUGCGUAGCCUUCAAAAUUAUCAGUACAUUAGUGGUGAUAUACAUGCUUUGAGGAAAAUAGGCUAUGGCAUGGCCAUAGAUUGGAUGUAUUUCACAAAAAAGAUCACACAUUCAUACAUUUUGGAGACAAGAGGACAAAACGGACUGGAUGUGCUUGGGCCCAAGGAGAUUUUACCAGCUGCCAAAGAAAUCCACCUCGGCAUAACGAAAUUUGCUGAACUUUUUAACUCAUAGUUAUAUAUUUAAUUGUACCUACAGGUUGUUUUGAGUUAUUUACAUUAAAAGUAUAUUUUGUAGCGACA